AUGGCUCUCUCUUGCAGAUUCGCAGCCCAGAGCUGCGCCCGUCAGCUCCGUGCCACUGGCUCGAUGCGUGCCUCGACAUCCCUCUUCCAGACCCGAACUCCCGCAACCGCACGAAGGUACAACUCAACCGAGGCUGCUGCCCCCACGAACCCCAAGAUUGCCGCCAUUGUCGACCAAAUUAGCACCCUUACUCUCCUCGAGACCGCAGACCUCGUCUCAAGCUUGAAGUCCAAGCUCAACAUCCCCGAUCUCCCCGUUGGUGGCUUCGCCGCCGCCCCUGCAGCAGCUCCCGCCGCUGUCGAGGAGGCUGAGGAGGCCGCACCGGCGGCCGCCGAGAAGAGCGUCUUCAACAUCAAGCUCCAGGCCUUCGAGGCCGGUUCCAAGCCCAAGGUCAUCAAGGAGAUCAAGAACCUGUUGGGUCUGAGCUUGGUGGACAGCAAGAAGUUCGUCGAGAGCGCGCCGAAGCUGAUGAAGGAGAACGUGGCCAAGGACGAGGCCGAGAAGAUCAUCGCCGCCAUGAAGGAGCUUGGCGCCACCGUCACCAUGGAGUAA